AUGUUUGCUAAGCGCAUCCAGCUGGAUCUCUCAGACCCGUUCCUUCAACAGCAGCACUUUGCCCAGACGCAAAAUAUGUUCUCUCCGUUGUUAAAAGCUAUGGAAAGGAAGUGGAUCACCAGCGACCAGUUGAGAUGGAAAAUCAUGUCUUGCAAGAUGAGAAUCGAGCAGCUGAAGCAAACCGUUUGCAAAGAAAACGAAGAGGCGGUCAGACAAGCCGAAUGUCUCCUCAGAAUCAAGGACGAGAACCAGAAGCUUUACCGCCGAGCCCAGCGGCACCAGGAGAAGAAGGAGAAGAUCCAGAGGCACAACCGCAAGCUGGGCGACCUGGUGGAGAGGAGGCUGUGCGACCUGAGGAGCCAGCACGAGCAGCUGGGGCGCCUGCGCCAGGCCCACGUCCUCGAGCUGACCUCCGUCAUCUUCCCCAUCGAGGAGGUGAAGAUCGGCGCGAGGGACCCAGCGGACGUCUCCUCCGAGAGCGACAGUGCCAUGACCUCGAGCACCGUCAGCAAGCUCGCGGAAGCCCGGAGGACGACAUACCUGUCCGGGCGUUGGGUCUGCGACGAUCACAACGGCGACACCAGCAUCAGCAUCACGGGGCCUUGGAUCACCCUACCCAGCAACGGCGACUACUCCGCUUACUACAGCUGGGUGGAAGAGAAGAAGACCACGCAAGGGCCAGACAUGGAGCACAACAACCCGGCUCACACCAUCAGCGCCUUGUGCUAUGCGACUCAGCUCGUCAACAUCCUCUCCCACAUCCUCGACGUCAACCUUCCCAAGAAGCUGUACAACAGCGAGUUCUGUGGGGAGAAUCUCAGCAGGCGGAAGUUCACGUGGGCGGUGAAGAAGCUGAACGCCAACAUCCUUUACCUUUGCUUUUCUCAGCAUGUCAACCUGGACCUGCUGCACCCUCUGCACACGCUCAGGAACCUGAUGUACCUGGUCAGCCCCGAGACGGAGAACUUGGGAAGGUCCGGGCCCUUCGAGAUCAGUGCCGACCUGGAGGACUCCAUGGAGUUCGUGGACCCCAGCGGGGCCGGUGAGACGGACGAGAGCGGUGACGAGCACAUCAGCGACGAGGAGACGGACCUGGGGACGGACUGGGAGAACCUGCCCAGCCCCCGCUUCUGCGACAUCCCCUCCCAGCCCGUGGAGAUGCUGCAGAGCCAGAGCACCCAGGCCUCCCAGCCGGUUGCCAGCAGCAGCGCCGGCGGCAUGAUCUCCUCGGCAGCGGCCUCCGUGACCUCCUGGUUCAAGGCGUACACCGGACACCGCUAGGAAAGGGGCCGGGCCUCCCCAGGGCGAG